AUGCAGGACGAAAAUCUCCACAAGGUACAAAAGCCAGAGAAAAAGGAAACAAGCACGAUACUCAAAAGGUCAUUUUCUAGCCUCGCAUCAUAUCUCAAGAGAUCGCAACAAAAACCAUCUGCCAGUUCGACGAGAAAGCUUGAAGGAUCCAUUAUUUCAACUACUACACAAGGCGAAUCUACAGCUAGUCGAUAUCCAAGUCCCACUAGAGAGAUUAUCGAACUUCUAGAGGGAAAUGCAUUAACAAUAGAUGUCUCUCCAGCAACUACCUCUGCGGCAAAACCAGAAACCCACCAAACCACCUCCAAAAUUAAAAAUCCAUGCACAGAGACCGCUGCAUCAUCUAGCCAUAAUCUCACUUCGGCACUACAAGCAAAUAUGCAUAAGGAUACGCAUAUACAACAAACCAUCCCACAACCCACUAAUUCUCUAUCACCAAGUACGAGCACGAGUACGGGUACAGAGGAGAGAGAUAAGCAACUCACUACAACCACAUCCGAAAAUCAAAAAAGAAAUAUACAGGAAUUGUUCAUAAAGAGCUUAAUCAGCAAACUUACCAAAGAAAGAAGAGAAGCAAAAAUGAAAGUGAGAAAUUCGAGGAGAAUUCGUUAUUUAGCUGCUAUGAGGAAGAUAGUGAGGAAAGGUUGGAGUAGUCGGACGCAUGCAGGAAGGAAGAGAAAGUUAGAUGAAUUGUGUCGUUAG